AUGAUAAUAGCCCUGCAUUACAGUAAACUAAGACCGGUGUUGAAUUUCUCGUGUCUGCAGCAAUGUGUGAGAACAGUGACAGUUAGCGCGGCAACAGAUAAACUACAACAAACAGAAUUUAAAUCGUUUCGAGAGAUUCCGGGCCCCUCGUCGUUGCCGAUCAUGGGCCCGUUUCUACACUUCAUGCCCGGAGGAUCCCUUCACAACAUUAACAGCACUGAACUGACUCACAAACUGUACGACAUAUACGGACCUAUCGUUAGAAUCGAUUCAAUGUUUUCUAAGGACGCUAUUGUAUUACUGUAUGAUGCAGAAAGCGCCGGAAUCAUUUUACGUAACGAGAACAACAUGCCAAUAAGGAUCGGUUUUAAAUCCUUAUCAUAUUAUAGACAGAAAUAUAAGAAAUCGGAAAAUGAUCGUACAGACAGACCGACUGGAUUAGUGUCAGACCACGGCGAGUUAUGGAAGAGCUUUCGUUCAGCGGUGAAUCCAGUCUUAUUACAGCCGAAAACUAUAAGACUAUACAGCUCAGCACUAGAAGAGGUAGCCACCGACAUGGUCGAGAGGCUUAGGUCUCUUAGAGAUGAAAACAACAGGAUACGUGGUCAAUUCGAUCAAGAGAUGAAUCUUUGGUCUCUCGAAUCAAUAGGGGUUGUGGCUUUAGGAAACCGGCUCAACUGCUUCGAUUCAAAUCUUCAGGACGACUCCCCCGUCAAGAGAUUGAUCGAAUGUGUCCAUCAGAUGUUCGUGUUAUCGAACGAAUUGGACCUCAAACCCAGUAUUUGGACGUAUGUUUCAACACCGCUAUUCAGGAAAACUAUGAAAAUGUAUGAAGAACAAGAAAAUUUAACGAAAUAUUUCAUCAAGAAAGCACUAGACGAUAUUAAAAUGAACAAAUCGAAAUCGGAUGAUGAGAAGCCGGUGCUCGAGAAAUUAUUGGACAUCAAUGAAGAAUACGCGUACAUUAUGGCUUCAGACAUGCUGGUGGCUGGUGUCGAUACCACUUCAAACACGAUGUCCGCAACUUUGUACCUUAUGGCGAUAAAUCAGGACAAACAGCAGAAGUUGAGGGAAGAAGUGAUGUCGAAGAACGGUAAAAGAUCAUACUUGAGGGCUUGCAUCAAAGAGGCCAUGAGAAUACUACCAGUCGUGUCCGGGAACAUGCGACGCACCACAAAGGAGUACAAUAUUCUUGGAUAUCAUAUACCAGAAAAUGUCGACAUUGCAUUUGCUCAUCAACAUUUGUCGAUGAUGGAGAAAUACUAUCCAAGACCGACGGAGUUCAUUCCUGAACGCUGGUUGACUAACAAGAGCGAUCCUCUUUAUUACGGGAACGCGCAUCCAUUCGCGAAUUCCCCGUUCGGCUUCGGUGUUCGCAGCUGUAUAGGUCGUCGCAUCGCCGAAUUAGAAGUGGAAACAUUUUUGUCGAAGAUCGUCGAAAAUUUUCAAGUCGAGUGGUCGGGGUCAUCCCCUAGAGUCGAACAGACUUCCAUCAAUUACUUCAAGGGACCUUUUAACUUUAUAUUCAAAGAUCUUUAAUGAAUCAGUAUUCAAAUGCGUAUCUCAAAACUGAACUUAAUUUUAAUAAAAUUUCUUG